UUUUCCGGCGGUCCAGGAGAAAAACUCCUUUGUUGCGGCGAACUUUUUAAUCUGGGGUUUAAAUCCCGUCACGGGGCGUCCUGCGGCUUCUUACUGAAAUCCAAACCCAGGAGCAAAACGUUUCUACAGCCGGGAACAUUUUUCACCCACUGGGAUGGCCGCGCGGGGCGUGGGGCCGUGGGGCCGCAGGGACACCUUGGAAUCCCUCUAGGCUAUCGGGAACUUUUCUUUCUUUCCCGAAGUCAGUUUCUGGAUAAUCAUGGCGCUGAAGUACAGCCAGAGAUCCCUGAUAGUUGUGUCUUUACUGGGGGUGCUGUCCGCCAUCAUGACUGUAUUAUCGGUGAUUUUAAUCUUCCAGCUGCAGACCCAGCAGGCGGCGGUGAAGGAGUCCGCCUCCGCCGCCUCCUCCUCGGCCAUCCCCGCUCAGAUGUGGGCCGUCCUGCUGCCGGUCUCCACGGUGCUGUCAGCGCUGUCCCUCACCCUCAACUUGAGCUGCGUGGUGGUGUGUCUCCUCCACAGCUACUUUUCCACGGAGGUCUGCAGAGGGGAGCAGGACACUGAGAGAGCUGACUGGUUUCUCCUGGAUAGCAGAGCUGUGCGGCAUGUGGCUAUUGGACUAUUCUGUCUGGGGGUGUCUAUCUAUUUGGCAGCCAUGUCCAUCUUCAUGCUCCUGAUAUUCGAGAUGGAAACGGGUAUUGCCAGCGCCUGCGUACUCUCGUCUGGGAUUCUAAUCCUGCUGGUAGCAGUGAUACACUCCCUGGUCAAAGCUUCCCAUAGCACUAAACACUAUAAGAGAGACCUAGCCGACACCCUGUAUCAAAACGACCACAGCACCACACACGCUUCGAGAGCCUGUGAGCUAAGAAUUGGAGUCGACAAGCCACGAAUUCACCGCAGCCAGUCUCAUAUCCAGCAUCCUAUCUCUUACCCGCCGUGUGGCAAUAUCAGGCAGCGUGAACAUUAUCAGCAGCAGUACUCCCCCACUGAAGGCACGCAGAGCCAUUCCAGUGAUAAAGAUGGAUACAUCGGAGGUGGGAGCUGCCCUCGAAUCCAUCGGACCUUGUCUACUGAAUCUGGCUUACUACAGGCGCAGGUGAGACCCUGGAAUGGGGUCAACAAUGAGAUGAGGAGCGUUUUAGCUCGAAAAUCUGGGAUUUCAGCAAAAGACUCAACCCUUGUGUGAGCAACUGUCUGUGUGUGUGUAUUUGUUAUUUGUUAACUUAUGUCAAAGUUAACAAAUAUAGUUAACUUUGACAUAAAGUUCCAGUUUGUAUGAUACAAGCAUCCACUGGAUUCUACGAUAUACCCUUAAUGAAAAACACCCUGGUUUUAUACUAGAGUAUAUUUGAAACCACAAGAUGUAUUAAAUGAUCAAUUAGCUUUUAUCAAAAAAGAGAAAACCAUUAAAAACAACAACACUUAAUUACAUUUAUAGGAGUUAUAAAUAUCAAUGGUCCAAACAUUUGACCCCACAUGAUCUCGGAGUCAACAAGCAAGGGGGUCCUGUGCUACGUUUACACCUAACAUGCAGCAGAAACAGCUGCGUUACAUACAAAGUCUACGG